GGGGCGCGCUGUCUCCCGGCCGGUCCGAAGCGCGGCGGCGGCGGCGGCGGCGGCGGCGGCGGGCGGCCCCCGCGGUGGCAUCAUGAGCGGGCCACAGAACAGUGACCUGAAGAGGCAGUGUCUGCUGGAGCGGCUGCUGGACGCCGUGAAACAGUGCCAGAUCCGCUUUGGAGGGAGAAAGGAGAUAGCCUCGGACGCCGACAGCAGGGUGACCUGCCUGUGCGCCCAGUUUGAGGCCGUCCUGCAGCACGGCUUGAAGAGGACGCGGGGCCUGGCCCUCACGGCCGCCGCCCUCAGACAGGCUGCGGGCCUCUCCAGCAAGACCGAAACAGAGCCCGUGUUCUGGUUCCACGUGAAGGAGCUCCUCAGCAAGCACGAGCUGCAGCGCUUCGCCUCCCUGCGCCACAUCGCCUCGGACGCCGGCCGCGGGCGCGCCUGGCUGCGCUGCGCCCUCAACGAGCACUCGCUGGAGCGGUACCUGCACAUGCUGCUGGCCGACCGCGGCCGGCUCAGCACUUUCUACGAAGACUGGUCCUUCGUCAUGGACGAGGAGCGGGCCAGCAUGCUGCCGACCAUGGCCGCGGGCCUCAACUCCAUCCUCUUCGCCAUCAACAUCGACAACACGGACCUCAACGGGCAGAGCAGGCUGGCGCCCAGCGUCUCGGACCUGCUGCGGGGGUCCACGCAGAACGUCAGCGCCCUGCUGAAGGGCCCCACGCAGGGCGUGAGCAGCCUGCUGCGCGAGAUCACGGCCUCGUCGCCCGUGGCCAUCCUCAUCCGGCCCGACCGUGACUCCGAGCCGCUCCCCGUCGUGUCCCGGAGCCUCAAUGCCGACGCCAAAGGCAGAAAGGAGCGGAAGAAGAAAAAGAAAGUGACCAACAUCAUCUCAUUUGACGACGACGAGGAGGAGCCGCCCGGAGAUGCGCCCAAGAAGCCGCCGGGCGCCGGGGAGAGCUCGGAGGAGAACUCGGACCGUUCCUCUCUCAACGUCUCCUCGGCCUUCGAGAGCCCCUUCGGGCCGCCGUCCGCCGGCAGCCGCAGCAGCAGCUCCUGGAAAAUGGACUCGCUCUCGCUCAACGGGGAUGCCGGCUUCCCGAAGCUCGACGUGAAGAGCAUCGACGACGAGGACGCGGACGAGCCCGAGGACCGCGUGUUCGGGGCCCCGGGGGGCAGGGCGUGCGCCAGCCCCUCGGGCUCCCCUGAGAAGCUGGACGGGACGCCCGACCUGGCCCCGCUGCACGGCUGGGCCCCGCUGCAGAUGCUCCACGGAGACGCUGGCGUGCUCUUCCCGGUCGGCAGCGCCGGCUCCUACAGCCCUGCAGACGCGGCCCUCGGGAGCCUGGACAACGGCGCGGAGCCCUCGGACCUGGAGCCAGGGCCUCGGCGAGGCUUGGACGCCAGCCCCCCGGGCCCCGGACGCGCCCCGAGCUGCCUGCUGCCUCCUGCCGCCGCGCCCGAGACCAUGACCAUGAGCGAGCUGCGGCAGGCCACGGUGGCCAUGAUGAGCCGGAAGGACGAGCUGGAGGAGGAGAACAGGUCCCUGCGGAGCCUGCUGGACAGCGAGAUGGAGCACUCGGCGGCGCUGAGGCAGGAGGUGGACAGCUUGAAACGGAAGCUGGCCGAGCAGGAGGAGCGCCACAGCACCAAGGUCCAGGCGCUGGCGAGAGAAAACGAGGUGCUGAAAGUCCAGCUGAAGAAGUACGUGGGCGCUGUCCAGAUGCUGAAGCGGGAAGGUCAGACCCCGGAAGUCACCCCCAGCCUUUGGAGCGUGGAUGGCGAGGUCCCGGCCCCGGAGCAGAAGCCGGGGGAAGUGGCCGAGGAGCUGGCCAGCUCCUACGAGAGGAAACUCAUCGAGGUGGCGGAGAUGCACGGGGAGCUGAUGGAGUUCAGUGAGCGUCUGCACCGCGCGCUGCUGGCCAAGGAGGCGCUGGUGGCCCAGAUGCGGCAGGAGCUCAUCGACCUGCGGGGGCCCGUGCCUGGGGACCUCAGUCAGACCUCGGAGGACCAGAGCUUGUCGGAUUUUGAGAUAUCCAACCGUGCCCUCAUCAACGUCUGGAUCCCGUCCGUGUUUCUCCGGGGCAAAGCGGCCAACGCAUUCCACGUGUACCAGGUCUACAUCCGCAUCCGGGACGACGAGUGGAACGUGUACCGGCGCUACGCCGAGUUCCGCGCGCUGCACCACGGGCUGCAGAACAAGUUCUCUCAGGUGCGGGCCUUCAGCUUCCCGCCCAAGAAGGCCAUCGGCAACAAGGACGCCAAGUUCGUGGAGGAGCGCCGGAAGCUGCUGCAGAGCUACCUGCGCAGCGUCAUGAACAAGGUCGUCCAGAUGCUGCCCGAAUUCGCCGCCAGCCCCCGGAAGGAGACGCUGGUCCGGCUCAUGCCCUUCUUCGUCGACGUGCACCCCCCCGGAGAGCCCCCAAACAAGGGCGGACGGCCCAGGCCCGCCUCGCGCUUCUCCAAGCUGUCCCGCGGGCACCCCCGAGAGACACGCAGUGCCGAGCCCCAGAGCGGCGACCUCUGACCCCGACGGAUGCCCUGCAGUGACCGCCACGUUGGCCCGGUGACCCCUUCCAAAGCGCCCCGUCCCCGCUGGCCGUGUGACCCCUGAUUAAACUGGUCCGUCCCAGCGCACGGCGGCUCCCGGGGGGCCGGACGGAGGGUGGACACCGCCGCCGGACACGCAAGGCCCGAGGCGGGACCCCCCCACUGCCCGUCUCUUAUGUGACCCGAGGGAGGGGUCAGCCUCUCAGGGCGGCUUCUGGAAGGCUCUGCAGGCACUGCCAAGGCCUGGGGCAGCCCUGGACAGUCCCGGAACGGGCAAGAGGGUCUUAGCUCACGAGUCGGGCGUCCCUGGUGGGGCUGCCCAGUCCAGAGCGUCUCCCACCAGCCUCGAGACUCGGGCUCGGGGGGCACCCCCACAGGUGGACCCCAGGGGGUCUCUGCACCCCGACCCCUGCACGCCCGUCUCCUCGAGAGGGGGAGCUGGGUGGGGACCCCUAAACCACGGCCAGCCACCCCCCUGGGCGGUGCCUGGGCUGAAGAAACUUCUGGAAAGAAUCAGCUGGACGGUUUCUGCCGUGGACGCUCUGCCCGCCAGAGGGGUCGUCCCCGGAGCAGUGGACUCGGACACAGGCCUGCAGGGAGAAAGGGGGGCGGGCGGCGCCCGGGGCCGACGCGGUUCCAUCACUGCCUGCGGUCAUCCCUUCGCCAGUCGCCAUGUCCCCACCGGCCCCCUGUUCCUUUCCUGGGGGCCCCCCAAGCCCAUCUGGGUGUGACUGGCCUGGCCUCCCCCCCCCAAACCCGUAGCACAGAUGCACCAUUCCCGCAGGGGUCCCCCAGGGGCCGCUGGCUCUGCACCCAGAUCCCCGGAGGUGUCUCCUCCCCGCCCUCCCUCUCCCCCUCCCCCCAGGGGCCGCCCCCCUACUUCUGGCAGCCACAGGGGACAGUGGCGCCUCCACGCCUUAACGUGGCUCCCGGCAGACUGUUCUGUGCCCACCUGCCCUCGCGAGUGGGGCCUGGUGGGGGGGCGCACAGGGCCCCCCAGCCCAGGGAGGAGCGGACCCCUCUGGCCCACGAGACUGGCCGCUGCCCAGGGAGGCUCUGGGGAGAGGUGGGGGGGUCUCCGGGGCUGGCAGAGGCAGGAGCGGCCAGGAAUGACCCCCACAGCCACAGUCCGGGGGUGACCCCGCACCUGGGGUCGGGGCUCAGUGCAGGGACCCCCUUUUCUCCAUGUCCUGCACCGGAUCUUGUGCCAGAUCUCGUGAUACACCCCCCCCACCUGCUCGCCCACCCCCCAGCCCCCACCCCCCAGCCCCUAGCCCCCAGCAGGCACCUCCUGCACCCGUCAGCCUGGUGGUCGUGGGAGCAGUUUCCUUCCAGAAGCUUCUCUCUGUCCCCGCUAAUGGACCAUGAGGAGCAGACUGGGGUGAGGCCCACUCGACCCCCACGGGACCCCCCCACCCUUUCCCCGACACCCACUCGGCCCUCCUUGCCCGAAGGCUGACGACGCGUCCGUCUGCCCAGGGCCCCGUGAAUGCCGGAUCCGCCUCCCGUGGCCCUUCCGUGCCGGAAACUCAAGUCCCAUCACACGUGUGUCUGUCUCUCUCGAACCCCAGCUCCGAGACCAGCAGGAAUGCGGGGGUCCUGGUUACCCUGACUCCUCCCCAACCAGUGUCUGCCGGAAGGACCCGCUGUUCCCUGAACAGCAACUCGCCCAGUGGACAGAACGCGCCCCCUGGGGGGCCCCCCCGGGCAGCCCGAGGCACCUUCAGGGGAGCAGUGGUGGGGCGGGGGGGGGCCUGGGAGCUGCCCCCCUGCACCCCCCGGGUCGGGGGUCUUCUCCCCAUCGUCGGUGGCGCGUCCCCCCACCUGGUGGCUCCCCUCGCGGACCGAGGGGUCGCGGGUUUCCCCGGCGCCCGCUUCUGUUACGGUUUACACCCCGGGAUUUUUAGACAAAUGUGUUUAAUUUUCUACACGCUCUUGUACUCCACUCCUCUUUGGACUCCGCCGCGGAGAUUUUGUUACAGCUGGUCGGACGCGCCUUCUUACAAGCACAGAAUAAACUUCGGUGACUUUUGUAGA